UGCUGUCCACGAAACAAAUCGUUGGCAUUCAUCCUUCCCAUACCCGUAUUCUACCAAACAGCAUCUACCAAUAGCCAUCAUGCCGAACCAGACCUGGAGAGUAACAGCCACGACCGGCUUCGACGACUUGAAGAUCAGCGACGAGCAGAUCCCAGAAGUCGGGGACAAGGACGUUCUUGUUCGCCUACAUGGCUCCUCGCUCAAUUACCGCGACCUGAUCAUCGCCAAGGGUAAAUACCCAUUUGGACAGCGUGACAACGUUGUCCCUGGCUCCGACGGAGCUGGCGUGGUCGAAGCCGUCGGAAAGAAUGUCAAGCGCUUCAAGAAGGGCGACAAAGUUGCGACUCUCUUCAAUCAGGGACAUAUCGCCGGCUCGCUCGACCCAAUCUCCGUGGCCAGCGGCCUGGGUGGAAUGGUCGACGGCUGUCUCCGACAAUACGGCGCUUUCGAUGAGGAAGGGCUUGUGCACCUGCCCAAGAACCUGAACUUCGUCGAGGGAGCUUCAUUGACCUGCGCUGGACUGACAGCCUGGAACGCCUUGUACGGCUUGAAGCCAUUGAUGCCCGGUGACUGGGUCUUGACACAAGGAACUGGUGGCGUGUCAAUCUUUGCCGUCCAGUUUGCCAAAGCUGCCGGUGCCAAGGUCAUCGCUACGACGUCGAGUGCUGAGAAGGGCGAGAAGUUGAAGGCUCUCGGCGCGGAUCAUGUUCUGAACUACAAGGAGGACAGCUCAUGGGGAGAGACCGCCAAGAAGCUGACCGAAGGAGCGGGUGUGCAGCACGUCGUGGAGGUCGGCGGGCCAAAUACGAUGAAGCAGAGUCUACAGGCGAUCGCCAUUGAUGGAGUGAUCAGUGUCAUUGGAUUCAUCGGAGGUGCGAAAGGAGAAGACCAACCGACCAUGUUGGAUGCGCUUACGAACAUCUGCACGAUUCGCGGCGUGCUGGUCGGGUCGAGAAAGCAGUUCGAAGCGAUGAACAGAGCGAUCGAGGCGAAUGGUAUCAAGCCGGUCAUCGACGAGAAAGUGUUCAAGCUGGAGGAUUUGAAGGAGGCGUAUCAGUACAUGUGGGACCAAAAGCACUUCGCAAAGGUCGGCAUUCAAAUCGAUUAGAUUUGGAAUGUUUUUAGCAAUCACGUUUUCGAGGAGAG